AGAAAAAAGGCGGAAAUUCGCAUUAAAGGGGAAAAUCGGAAAAUUAGUGAAAAGUGUGGUGAAUAAAGUAAAAAUAAAAGCGAAAAAUUGUAUUGAUUGCAUUUGACGUUUUUGGGUAUUUUGAGGUUAUGUCGAACCGGUCAAAUCAAAACAAAGGAACAAAAGCAACAAAACAUUCGGAAAAUAUCGAAAAUAUAUUCAAAAUAUAGCAAAAGGAGCAAAAGUAUAAAGUAAGCAAAUGCGAAGCAAACAGGAAAAAUAACUUGAUGGCAAAAAAGAAAAGACGUAAAAAUUCCGAAAACUAAGAAAAUAUUUAAAGAACCUCCCGAAGGAUAAAAAAAACCAAUUACUUGUAUUUAAAAAUGAUAAAUAUUGCGCGCAUGCGAAGGGAUUUAUCAUUCCCUACCAAUAUGAUUGGAAAAAUUUAUCAUCUAUCUAUAUAGACGAAUUUUGCACUAUAUAGAGUAAACGACAGGAAUUAGCAACGGCGCAUUUGCCCGCCAGUGUUGAGCGUCUGCGUCUAUCGAACGUUGUUAUUUUCUGCAAAAGGUAAAUGUCAACGGUUGACAAGAACAAUUCACCAGGAAAUUUGCAAUAUACAAGUGACACAUAAAGGAUUAUAAUAAACGAAAAAAUUUAAGAAAAUCCUCUCGUCUUUCCCCCAGUCGAGAUGGAGGAACAAACACAAUGGAAAGCUGCCCCAUCGCCGACCAACGAUGCCAGUAAAAAUCAAACGCCACCCACGUUGCUCUCGAGUUUGAGAAGUGUUUUGUUCGUCAUUGGAACUGUGGUCAUAGCAAUUGCCGCUGUUUGUAAUUCUCUCACCUGGCAUUUGCAGAGGUUUUGGGGUGCGUCUGGUGAUUUUUGGCAAGCGCGAUGGGACAGAAUUUUAGAUUUAUUGGGAGACGAUCCCGUCACGUUGUGGGUGUUUGGUUCAAUGGGACUGACAUUUAUUGUUUAUUGGGUGUUUGGUGGAAUUUACACAAUUCUCGACAUGACGAAUAAACCGGCGGCAUUACGUCGUUAUAAAAUUCAACCGGGCACAAAUGAGCCAGUCGAUUCAAAGGAGCUGUGCAAAGUAAUAGCCCAAGUGCUAUUUAAUCAGCUAAUCGUGAGUUUACCGCUAUCGUAUGUCAGUUAUCACUUGAUGGAGUGGCGGGGUUAUCCAUCCGUUCGUGAACUUCCCACUUUUCAUUGGGUUUUAGCCGAACUCGCUAUUCACAUUCUUUUCGAAGAAAUUGGUUUCUAUUACUCUCACAGAUUGUUGCACAGUCGUUAUCUGUACAAAUACAUUCAUAAGCAGCAUCAUCAAUGGACCGCGCCAGUGGCUGUGACUGCGAUCUACUGCCAUCCACUCGAGCACAUUGGCUCAAAUUUAUUUCCACCGUUUUUGGGUGUCCUCAUAUGCGGCUCUCACGUUGCAACUGCCUGGCUAUGGUUUUCACUCGCCAUUCUGUCAACGCUCAACGCUCAUUCGGGAUAUCAUCUGCCAUUCUUCCCGUCGCCCGAGGCACAUGACUUUCAUCACUUGAAAUUCAAUCAAUGCUUUGGUGUACUGGGAGUUCUUGAUCGUCUUCACGGAACAGACACGCAAUUCCGGAAUUCACGAGCUUGUGCGCGACACAUUACAAUGCUCAGUUUCGUUCCACCGCGAGAGGCAUUUCCCGAUGAAGUGAAAUACAAAUCGAAAUAAAGCGCAAAAGAAAAAUAAUAUUUCAAUUUUUUUUUACAUUUUUAAACAAUUUUUUUGAGAAGAAAAUUUUUUUAAUAGAACUUUCUCUGUUCUAUUUUCUUUUCCUAAUUUCAUAAACAAAAAAAAACAAACAAACAAACAAAAAUACGGCUAUAAAUAUUUCAUCGAAUCGUUCUUUAAAAUUAGUUUCAAAAUAUCUUAUAAAAUAAGAGUAAAAAAAAGAGACGCAAAACAAAAAUGUUUCUUUCCUUUUUGCGAAUAUAAAAAGAAGUAAAUAACUUUUAGGUACGUUAAAAUUAAUUGUUUACAAUUUUGUAAGCAAAAAUUGUACAAAUUUGUAAGCAAUUUAUAAAAGACGUACAAAAAAAAAAUUAAAAUAAUCGCGCACUUUAGGUGCAAAAGCAAAAAAAAAAUGGUGUAAAAAAAUAUAAUGCAAGAUCUUUAUACGUACUUUGCACGACUGUGGAGCACAUGUGAUACGUUAUGAAUUUUUCGCAAAAAAUGCGUUUAGCUUUCGGUAUUUUUUUUCUAUUCUUUUAAAUCGCAAGCUUACGCAUUAUUUUUGUUAAUUUUUCUUUAUUGCACAAGUCAUCUUUCGAUAUUUGGUGGAAAGAUGAGGAAAAAUAUUUUAAUAAUAGUGAUUUUUCCAAGUUUGAUGCAGAUAGUUUGAAAAAUUUCAUAGUUUUGCUUUAAAAGCAAAAA